UCCCCGUUGGCCAGGCAACACCGCUUGCUUUCCUCUCGGGGAGGGGACUCCGAGGAUCGGGAGCUGAGGCCCUCCGCUGCGUUUGGCUUCAUGGGUUUGCCCAGCCUGGCUUGCCCCCUUUAACCAGGAUGGCGUUUAAGGCCUCGCCCUUCUCUUUAGCGCUGGCGUGGAUGCUCCCAUCGCUUGGUCUUUGGAGACUCAGUUGCCUGUUAAUGGCGGCAGCGGCUGUUGGAUGAGCAACUGGAGACUAGUUUGUUUUGACGCGAGGGGGUCACUUUUGCUCGGCUCCAUCGCUAUUGGAUUGGUCCUUCCCCGGUCCUUCCAUUGUUGAAGGGAGAAGAUGCCACUGCCAUUUGGACUGAAAUUGAAACGUACCCGGCGCUACACUGUGUCCAGCAAGAGCUGCCUGGUUGCACGGAUCCAGCUGCUCAAUAAUGAGUUUGUGGAGUUCACUUUGUCUGUGGAGAGCACUGGCCAGGAGAGCCUGGAAGCUGUAGCCCAAAGACUGGAGCUGAGGGAGGUCACUUACUUCAGCCUCUGGUACUACAACAAGCAGAAUCAGCGUCGCUGGGUGGAUUUGGAGAAGCCCUUGAAGAAGCAGCUGGACAAGCAUGCGCUGGAGCCCACCGUCUACUUUGGAGUGGUGUUUUAUGUGCCCUCCGUCUCCCAGCUGCAGCAGGAGAUUACCAGGUAUCAGUAUUACCUGCAGCUGAAGAAAGAUAUUUUGGAAGGAAACCUUCCCUGUACACUAGAACAAGCCAUUCAGCUAGCUGGCUUAGCUGUUCAAGCUGAUUUUGGUGACUUUGAUCAAUAUGAAUCCCAAGACUUUCUUCAGAAAUUUGCCUUGCUCCCUGUGGGCUGGCUACAGGAUGAAAAAGUGCUGGAAGAAGCAACCCAAAAGGUGGCCUUGCUCCAUCAGAAGUACAGAGGGCUAACAGCUCCUGAAGCUGAAAUGCUGUACAUGCAGGAAGUAGAGAGAAUGGAUGGCUAUGGAGAGGAGAGCUACCCUGCCAAGGAUAGCCAAGGAAGCGACAUAUCCAUCGGUGCUUGUCUUGACGGCGUCUUCGUGAAACAUAAGAAUGGAAGGCCGCCUGUGGUUUUCAGGUGGCAUGACAUUGCUAACAUGUCCCACAACAAGUCAUUUUUUGCAUUAGAGCUGGCAAAUAAAGAGGAGACCAUCCAGUUUCAAACUGAAGACAUGGAAACAGCGAAGUACGUGUGGAGACUGUGUGUUGCCCGGCACAGAUUUUACAGACUAAACCAGUGUGACCUGCAAACGCAGACUGCCUCGCUGAACUCAGUCAGGAGGGGCUCAUCUUCCAGGAUGUCUCUGCCUAAACCCCAGCCCUAUGCGAUGCCUCCCCCACCCCAGCUGCAUUAUAAUGGACAUUAUACAGAGCCAUUUGCUUCUUCCCAAGAUAACAUCUUUGUGCCCAACAAGAAUGGAUUCUAUUGUCACUCCCAGACAAGUCUGGACAGAACCCAAAUUGACCUCAAUGGUCGCAUCCGAAACGGCAGCGUCUACAGUGCACACAGUACGAACUCCUUAAAUACCCCUCAGCCCUACUUGCAGCCCUCCCCCAUGUCUUCCAACCCAAGUAUCACUGGCAGUGACGUCAUGAGACCCGACUACAUCCCAUCCCAUCGGCACAGUGCGCUGAUCCCCCCGUCUUACCGCCCAACCCCCGACUAUGAGACCGUCAUGAAGCAGCUCAACAGAGGCAUGGUGCAUGCAGACAGGCACAGCCGCUCGCUGAGGAACCUCAACAUUGGCAGUUCCUACGCAUACAGCAGGCCUGACGCCCUGGUCUACAGCCAGCCUGAGAUUCGGGAGCAUGCACACCUUACCUCUCCCCAGUCGGCCCACUACCCGUUUAACUUGAACUACAGUUUUCACCGUCAGUCUCCGUACCCCUACCCCGCUGAGAGGCGACCUGUGGUGGGUGCUGUCAGUGUGCCUGAGCUGACAAACGUGCAGCUCCAGGCCCAGGACUACCCAGCUCCAAACAUUAUGAGAACCCAGGUAUACCGGCCACCCCCACCGUACCCAUACCCGAGGCCUGCCAACAGCACCCCGGACCUGUCCCGUCACCUGUACAUCAGCAGCAGCAAUCCGGAUCUCAUCACCAGGCGUGUCCACCACUCGGUGCAGACCUUCCAGGAGGACAGCUUGCCGGUGGCCCACUCUCUGCAGGAGGUCAGCGAGCCCCUCACCGCAGCUCGGCAUGCCCACCUACAGAAGAGGAACAGUAUUGAGAUUGCGGGGCUCACACAUGGCUUUGAAGGCCUGAGGCUCAAGGAGAGGACCAUGUCAGCCUCGGCGGCAGACGUGGCUCCACGGACUCUCUCGGCAGUCCAGUCCAGUGUCUUCUCCGACAGAACAAAGCAAGAGGAGAGUGAAGAGCAGGACAGUGGCAGAUACAGCCACAAGAAGUCCCUCUCUGAUGCCACCAUGCUGAUACACAGCAGCGAGGAGGAAGAGGACCUGGAAGAGGACCGCGGCAGAGCGCACACUGUGGCAGCUGUGUCCGAGCCCCGCCUGACCGCCACUUACUCUCAGGAGCAGCAGCCGAACUACCCCUGUGCUUCGGUGGCUGCAGUCGCCAGCCCUCUGCAUAUUCUUGAGCCCAAGUCCCAUUUUACGGAGCCUGAGAAGAGGGUGAAAGACAUCAGCCCUGUCCACCUGGUUGUGGAGACCCAUCGGCCCCGAAGAGAUGGGCUGCUGACCCCCUCCAUGUCCGAGUCUGACCUCACAACUUCAGGGAGGUACCGCGCUAGGAGGGACUCUCUCAAGAAAAGGCCGGUGUCAGAUCUCCUGUCUGGGAAGAAGAGCAUCGUGGAAGGACUUCCACCACUAGGGGGAAUGAAAAAGACUCGAGCAGAUGCAAAAAAAAUCGGUCCCCUUAAGCUGGCUGCCCUCAAUGGACUGUCCCUGUCCCGGCUGCCUCUGCCUGACGAAGGGAAGGAAGUGUCCACCAGAGCAACGAACGAUGAAAGGUGUAAGAUUCUGGAACAGCGCUUAGAGCAAGGAAUGGUCUUCACCGAAUAUGAAAGGAUUCUUAAAAAACGGCUAGUUGAUGGGGAGUGCUCAACAGCCCGGCUUCCUGAAAAUGCAGAAAGAAAUCGAUUCCAAGAUGUGCUUCCCUAUGAUGAUACGAGAGUAGAGUUGGUACCAACCAAGGAGAACAACACGGGCUACAUCAACGCCUCGCAUAUUAAGGUCUCUGUCAGUGGAACUGAAUGGGAUUAUAUUGCCACACAGGGACCAUUACAAAAUACCUGCCAGGACUUUUGGCAGAUGGUGUGGGAACAGGGAAUCGCAAUUAUAGCAAUGGUGACGGCCGAAGAGGAGGGUGGCCGGGAGAAGAGCUUUAGGUAUUGGCCACGGCUUGGUUCAAGGCACACGACCGUCACCUACGGAAGGUUUAAGAUCACAACUCGCUUCCGCACGGACUCGGGCUGCUAUGCCACCACAGGCUUGAAGAUGAAGCACCUUCUCACAGGGCAGGAGAGGACAGUUUGGCAUCUCCAGUACACAGACUGGCCUGAGCACGGCUGUCCCGAAGACCUCAAGGGAUUCUUAUCAUACCUGGAGGAGAUCCAGUCUGUCCGACGUCAUACAAACAGUACCAGUGAACCCAAAAGCCCCAACCCUCCACUGCUGGUGCACUGCAGCGCCGGUGUCGGGAGAACCGGGGUCGUCAUUUUGUCAGAGAUCAUGAUCGCCUGUCUGGAGCACAACGAGGUGCUGGACGUCCCCAGAGUGCUGGACAUGCUCAGACAACAGAGGAUGAUGCUGGUGCAGACGCUUGGCCAGUACACGUUUGUGUACAGAGUUCUCAUCCAGUUCCUCAAAAGCUCCAGACUCAUUUAAGCUCCCACACUUUUCUCUGGGGACCCAAUCAUGUGAAGUGUUUACAGCUUAAAGAAAGAGAAGAAAGGAAGGCAGGAAGGAGAAGUGCCUGUGACUCCUCCU